CCCUGGAUUAAAAUCCCACAAAGUACCCAGAUGAGACCAUCAUUCCAUGUUUUAAAUCCCUUUCAUCUUAUUUUUGUCUCAGCAGGGAUAAUCUGUUCACCAGAAACAUCAGGGACCAAAAAACAAUUUGGGCAAAGCAACCUCCUUGUCUUAAUCCGAAAGAAAGAGUAGCAGCGUUUCCUUGAUUGGCUAAUAUUUUCUUCGGAAAGGAUCCAACACCUGUUGCUGUAUAUUAUUACAGCUGUGUGGAUUGAAGAGGGAGAAGGAGAAGGCAACUAAUCCAGGCGACAAGUCGAAGUCCAGACGGUGCGAUUUGAACUGGCGGUAUGCCGCGGACGAGCAUCUGCAUCUAAUAUUCGGGGUUCUGGCUUUAAAAGGCCAGAAUACCAAGGGGGUGAUAUGGCCACAGGUCCUUGUGAGCAGUUGGAACAAAGUGAAGAAGGCCCAGAUUUUGUGAAAGAGCGUCUCACCCAGGAGGAAGGCAUUCACAAUCAUCUGAAAGAACACAAUAAAAAAGAUGCCAAGAUACCUACAAGUCAAGAAGAAGUGAAUGGCAGCACAAACGGCCUAGCGGAGGAACAGAAAGACACCCUCCACACUGUUGAGAAAGAUCUUGAUGAAUUUGUGGAUAGCAUGAGUGAAGCCUCGCCAUCUGGGCUUCCUAAGAAAUCACCCGAAGCAGAGAAGCCUCUGUUGACCAAGAUGGCCGCUGCUAAAUUGCCUCGGGCCCAGCAAGUUGCAGAAAAAGUCCUGAGGGCUGAAAGGGUGGGGGAGAGAGCCCAACGGGUAGAAAAACCACCAGUAUUGGAAAAGACGAUGGAGAAAGUGCCAAGGGGCGAAAAGGCACCGCAAGUGGAGAAGGCGGUACGGGUAGAGAAGGCAGUUGAGAAACCACACCUAGCAGCACCGAAGGUUAUCUCUAUGAAGCGGAAGACAGAAAGCCGAGCUGCUAAGGACACGCUGCCUUGGGAAAAUCUGUCUUUGAACAAAUGCAUUCUGGUGGCAACUUUCCUGGCUCUCCUCAGUGUGAGCUGUCAGGUAGUUCAAGAGGUAAUAGAAUAUGGUGGGGCUGUUCUUGAGGCGGAGCUGAGUGCCUGGACCACACAAGAAGGCAGUCCUGGGGAACAGGAGGAGCUGUGGUUUUACGAACGGUGGUUUGAUUGGUCGGACAUGGAUGAACCUCCUGAAAUAGAGGAGGAGGAACUCCUGGAGGUAGAGGAGGAACUUUUAGAAGUCGAGGAAGAAGAAAAGGAGGAGGAGGAGGAAGGGCCUUUAGAGGAUGGGGAAGACGGAGAAGAAGAGCCCGAACCAGUAGAAAUCGAAGAGGAAGAAGACGAGGAAGAAGAAGAAACAGAGGAAAAAACAGUCCCAAAGGUGGGCCUCAAGAAAAUCCAGGAGAAAAUCAAACGAGAGACACCUUCCAAGAAUAAAAGGCAGAAAGACCGCAAAGCUCAGGAGGAGGACAAAGAGAAGAAGCACCUUCGGGACAAGAGAGAUCGCUGGGAAGGGAAGGGGAAGGGGAAGGAGAAGGAGAAGGAGAAGCAGGAGGACAGGAAGAAGACCCAUCGCCACAAACACGGUGAAACAGCCCAUCCAUUGAAAGAGCAUAAGGGAGAGCAUCCCACACAGGAUAAAAGAAGGGGGCACCCCAAGCAUGAGCAAGGCAAAGGGAAAGGCCACGAGAAGGACAGGAAGCCCUGGCAGGUUCAGAAGCCUUUCUUUCCCCCACCCAAGGACAGUGGCAAGACAUUUGGGCGGCACAAAUCUCAGGAGUGGAAAAGGCACGACUGAGAUUUAAGGACUGCUGAUCUGAGGUCACUGCGCAAGCAAUAUGCUUCUCUCUCUCUCUCUCUCUCUCUCUCUCUCUCCCCUGCGCAUCCUUUCCCUGAAAGUGUGGGGACACAAAGACACCCAGAUUUGAAGCUGGGUGACUCCUGUUGAGAGGCAAGUUUGGCAUCUUCCAGGUUGGAAGCAGAUGCCUUGUCUAUGCCUUGCUGUGACCCUUUGGUAGUGGUGGCACCGCCAACCCCAAGUUCCGGUGCCACCGGAAACAGGAGGGGAACAGGAGUCACUGUUGUGACCCAGGCCCACGUAGUUGAUAUUAAAUGCAAAACCGUUCCAAAAAACAAGCAGAUUUUAUUAAAACAGCUGAGAAUUAACUCAUUCUCAGCAUAUUCUAAAUGAAAUGAAAGCAAAGUCCUCAAAACACCAGUCUUUAAUUUAUCUCUGACCUUGGGAUAAUUAGGCAAACUGCCAAAGGCUUUUCUUGGCAACAGUUCAGGAACAGAAGAAAUAACUACAGCCAAACAAGAAGCAAUUCUCUCAACGGUUGUUUUCCGGCAAAGAGGCCAAGAACCGUUGCUGGUCUUUCAAGCCUUAUGGGAGGGGCCAAUCAUCUCUUGGCCUUACUCCAGAGUCGCCCUCUCUGCUUUAGCUGCUUCUGCCUUCUGGCAGCUCUUCUCAUACAUGCACUAGGAACACUCCUCCUGUUCCUCUGCCUCUCUACUGUCAGCCUCUGGAGGCUCCGAAGUCCGCACAUCACUCCCCGAUGGCCCUGGCCCCAUCUCUGCCUCCAACUCAGAGCCCUCAUCCGGGCCUUCCCCAGCCUCCAGGACUGGCCCCUGUUCUUCCUCAGCCUCAUCGCUGUCCGACUCCGCUGCCAGCUCCGCAGGCUGCUGGUGGACCACAACAGUCACUUAGCCAGAUCAGCCUUACCUGCUCCACCGCUCCCACAGAGUAACUUUAAACAGUAACAGAGUUGGAAUGGACCUUGGAGGUCAUCUAGUCCAACCCCCUCCUGCUCACGCAGGAGACCUGUACUAGGGAUUCGAACCGCCAAACUGCCAUCAUUGAAGAACCUCAAAAAAGCACCUCCUUCCUUCAUUUGUGCUUGACCUGCCCAGUUAUCUCCUCACGAAGUGCUAAUGUUUGUUUCAUAACAAAGAAGCCUUGAACGUUUAUACUGACCUCAAUCCCUGACUUGAGAGAGCCUCACAGACACACACAAGGUGGCCUUAUUGCCCAAUCCCUAAUUAUACACAUGAUUUGCAGCAGGAAAUGUGUGAACUGCCUCUCUUGUACACAACUGCGUGUUUUCUUUUUCUUUUUUUGAGCUGAUACCAAAGCUGUGUGUUUAAAACUGGAAUUCUUCAUUCAGAAGUGCAGCAAAAGAGUAUGUAUGCUGGAAUGGACCUUAGAUGCUUUUAGCAACUCCCAUACCUCAAUUAAUAGAUUACAUCUCAUUUUUAUUUUUGGUCACUUUUCAAGAGAAAAGAAAGACUGCUCCUCAGAGUUGCUUCUUUCCUAUUUUGUGGGAAAAGUGGAUUUUUUCCCCCCGUGUUGCACAAAAUGAAGCCUAUCCAAUGUGAAAGCUAAACCAGCUCUGAUUCUUCUUACGAUAUAAAUGUUACCCCGGAGAAAUCGUAGCAAGUAAUCAGCCAGAUUGGGGAAAAUUAAUGAUAAUUUCAGAAAUAAAUGUUGGCUGUGAACUCCUUAAAA